AUGUUGCCCGUGGCCACCGACCCUCUCACAAACAGGUACGAGGACCCCAGAGAUGAUACUGACUCUGACAAAGAACGACCCGGUGCAGUCGAAGACAUCGAAGAGGUCGUGCUAUCCGAGCAGUUCCCGGACAGGAUUGUCAAGAUAGGUACCAAAUUGGCCCCGACUAUUAGAGAAAACCUGAUCACGUUCCUCCGCUCUAAUGCAUCAGCUUUUGCUUGGUCGUACGAGGACAUGACCGGUAUACCAACCGACAUAGCCAUGCAAAAUCUUAGCAUUGUUCCUUUCUCAGAACUGGGAAGUGACAUAUCCCGGUGGUUGGCCAAUGUGGUCAUGGUACCAAAGAAGGCCUCGGGAUCAUGGCGCAUUGGGUACAACCAAAUUCGAAUGAACCCCGCAGACAAGGAGCACACCGCUUUCACCACAGACAAAGGUCUUUAUUGUUACCAGGUCAUGCCUUUCGGAUUGAAGAAUGCAGGUGCCACUUAUCAGCGACUUGUCAACUCCAUGUUUGCAGAUGUCAUUGGUAAUAUCAUGGAGCUUAACCCACAGAAAUGCACUUUCAGAGUUGAAGUUGGGAAGUUCCUCAGGUACAUCAUUAGCCACAGGGGAAUAGAAAUGAACCCAAAGAAGGUGCAGGCUAUAUUAGACAUGAUAUCCCCCACCUACCGGAACAAUGUCCAAUCCCUUACAGGUAAGGUGGCCGCCCUGUCAAGAUUCAUUUCAAGACUUACGGACAAGUGCACUCCUUUCUUCAAGUUACUAAAAACCCAACACGUCGAGGUAAUAGCCUGGUUUGCAGAGCACGAGGCUGCUUUUCUAAGCCUGAAGGCAUACUUGGCAGCGGUACCUCUGCUUUACAAACCCGUGCCCGGAGAAAUGCUUUACAUAUACCUUGCGGCAUCUUCCACAGCAGUAAGCUCAGCAUUGAUCAGACGAGAUUCUGAUUGCGUGUACCCGGUGUACUACGCUGGAAAAGGUUACACUGGUGCAGAAUCCAGGUACCCGGACAUUGAAAAGCCCCGGACAACAAUUAAGGGCCAGGCUGCAGCAGAUUUCAUUUAUGAGCUUAUUCCCCCUCAUGAUCCACCAUCGAGAACACCGGAACCACAAGCCCCGAACCCACAACCACCUAGCACUUGGCGAUUGUACGUUGACGGAGCAUCUAACAAAAAGAUAAGUGGCGCCGGCAUCUUGCUAAUCAGCCCGGAGGACCAAGUCUACGAGUACGCCCUCAAGUUUGCCUUCAAGGCAUCCAACAACGCCGUAGAGUACGAAGCACUCAUAGCAGGUCAGGGCAACUUCGAGGCAAAAGAGCCACACAUGUCUUCUUACCAAGCUCUAGCCAAGGCACUUGUUCAGAGAUGUACCUCUUACGUUAUCACUCAAAUACCUAGAGCAAAAAGUGACAAAGCAGAGGCCCUUGCAAAGAUUGCGGCUACUUCUCCAAGUCCAGCUUACGGGGAUACCAAGGUUGAAAUACUAGAAAAGCCGAGCACCUCUAAAGCGGUGUCAGAAAUAUUCACGGUGGACCACACUGACUCCUGGAUGGAUCUAAUCUUAAAGUACAUGGUCGACAGUCUGGCCUCGGACGAUAAGGUUGAGGCUAGGAGACUCUAA